UCAGAGUCAAACUACAGUUGUCUCUGGGUUUCAAUUCAAAUUUGAAUCACACUGCCAAGGGAGCAGACACACUUUAGGGAUAUUGAAUACAUAUUUUACAUGAGGGAAGCGUGAUACAAAAACCAGAGGCCAAGAUGAGUAUGACAGAGAUGUUGCGUGGCAAGAAGAAGUCGGAGGAGAAGGUGAAUGCCAUAAAGAUGGCCCAUCACGAUUUCUCUAGUGUGCGGCUCAUACAAAUUGGCUGUGUCCUCGAUGUGGUCGCCGAGGCGAUAGAGCGCGUUAAGAUCUCAAUGAUAUUGCCGAAACUGCUGGAUAAUCCCGAGUUUAUGGCCAAGGUUUUGAAGGGCACCAAAUACGAGCAUGCUGUCAAUCUAGUGGAGUCCUUUGUGCGGCGUCGUGAAUUCAUACUGAAGGAGAAACGCCCUCCCCUGAUGGACCAUGGGAUGAUCAAGAUCAUCGACUACUUCCAGCGUAACAAUCAGAUGUACAAGCUCUUCCCCACGUACUACAACAACAUGCGGGAGGAGGAGAAGAAGCUGCUGGUGGCCUUCGAGAUGCUCUUCGAUUUGGCCAAGGAGCGGCUGUACCGCACUUCGGCGGAUGCCAUUGCCCAGGAAAGGAAGCUGCAUGCGAUGUAUCUGGAGAACGAGAACAUCAAAGAGAAUGUUGAUAUCCUAAAGAAGAAAAUACACUCGCAGAAGCUGACCCUCAAGUGGAAAAUAGCCGCCAAGGAGGCGUAUCUCAAGAAGUAUGAGGAUAUGUUGGCCAAGAAAAAGCGCGAGAAAAACGAACGCAUACAAAAUGAAAUUGACAAGUGCACUCGGACCGUGAAGGCAAAUCAGAAGGAAAGCCAGGAAAAACAGGCAGAAUUGGAGGCAGAGCUGGAAAAGGAUCGCCAAGUCUAUGAGCAGAUAACCAAAAAGAAUCGCCGUCAGGAGUUGGAAGCACGCGAGGAAAAAAACAAGCUUCUGCUUCAACUCCAGGGCCUCAUCAAGAAGUACGAUAGCAGUAUACGCGACAAGAUGAUCGAGAACUUGGAUCUCACCGACCAAUAUAAGAAACUCAAAAAGGAGCUGGAUGCGUUCCUUGUCGGCCAUCGCCAGAUCGAGCGGGUCUACAAGGAGGUCGUGGUUAAGCGCGAGGAACAGGAGCGUCGCGCCCGCCAGAAUCGCAUCUUGAACUUCACCAUGAAUCGGGCCGCCUCUAAGAUACAAAAGUACUGGAAGAAAUGGAAGAAGGAACUACAUAAGAAAGAAAAACGCCUCAAGCCGACUAAGGGCAAAAAAUAAAUAAGUUGCAAAUUAUUCGUCUGAAAACAUAAAAAAAA